AUUAACUUUCAGAAGUUUUAAUAAUUUAUUGAGUUAGCUUAAAUCUAAAUUAAGUAAGUAUGGCUGAAAGUGUUGAGUUAAAAUCUUUACGAAAAUAUAAAAAGUCUACUAGUGAUACUAUUGAAGAAUACAAUGAUUCAAAUUAUGAAGAAUCCACUGAAUUGGCGCCUUUAAAACUCGAAAAAGCAACAAACGAAUAUGAUUUUUUCACUGAGGUUGAUGUUAAAACAACACAAAAGAUUAAAAAGAAAAGAGCUAAGAAGAAAGAGCGACAUUCUAAUUUAAUGGAUAUUAUAAAUUCUGAGCUUGCGGCAGUUGAAAUACCUAUAGAAAAAAAUGUAAUCAAUAAGAUGAAUUUUUCUAAAGAACAACAAGCAACUUAUAUGGAUCCUGGCCCCAAGGUUUUAGAUAUUUUUCAAAGAAGGUAUCAAUGGGCCACUGAUGCAGAAGGCGGAUGGGAAACUAAUUCAAGCUGUAAGUUGAAUCCGAUUUUUCCGAAAGUUCUAGAACAAAGUACCGCAACGGAAUCUAAUUUUAUACCAGUAGAAUAUGUAAAACCUAAUCACUUUGAUAAAUUGGCACUGGAUAUGGAGAAUACUGCUCAAACUCCUACAAAGUUUGCAGAUGUUGAAAUUGGAAACAUUAAAUUUAAAUAUCACCAUCACUUUACCCUUGAGGAUCUUUUAGUUCAAAAACUAUUAAUUGUAUAUGAUAUUUAUGUAGAUAUUCAAAGAUUUAUUAAAAGGACCGUAAAAAACAUCCAAGUAAAUAGAGAAACUAUUGAUAAUUUAAAAAGAGACCUAUACAAAAUAAGCCCAAAGAAAGAUGACGUAAGAUUUGAUCCUACUAUAAGAAAAUAUAUGGCCCAGAUGAUAGAAAGUAAGGAUACAUACAUGGAAACAUUAAAAAAGGAAAAAGAAACCCUCAAUGAUAUUAUAUCGAUAUGGUCCGAUUUAGAAACCGUAAGGGAAAGAAAUGGUCAAUUGACAAGUUAUGCAUUGGAAAUAAGUACAUUUACCUUGGAAGAAGAAGAGUAUGAAAUGGAAUGGAAAAACGUCUUCGACGAAGAGCUGAAUUAUUUACUACAAAAGAUGGAAUUUGAAUUCGUUAGUAAAUAUAUUGAAUACAAGGAGUACAAAAAUACAUUUGAAAAAAUUAGUAAACCAAAACUACAUGUCGAUGAAGAAAUAGUCAAGAAUGAAGCAGAAGGAAAUACUAACAAAAUCGUUAGAAAAGAUAAAAUUAACAUCAAACUAAAGGUUGUAGACGUAGAUAAGAGACACACCAAAACGUCAGCAGAAUAUAAUCCAAAAAUAAAUUACCAUUUUAAGGUACACGUUGAUGAUUUAUUCGUUUGCGAGUCAGAUCAUCACUUGUGCAAAAAAGAUUAUAAUCUUGAAUUUACAGAACAUUAUUCAGUACAAAUACUUCCGGAAAAUGUAUUUAUCCUAUUAGCUUUGUAUGAAAACAAUGACGAAGUGGCGCAAGUAAAAAUUUAUUUAUCAGAAAUAAGUAAAAAAGGGACGAGUUCAGAGUUUAAUACAGUUGAAUUCAUGUUCAAUAAUAUAAUAGAACCUAAUGCAAAAUACAUAGGCUGUGGAUUCAGCAUUAAAGAAAUUGCCGCGGCUAACAAGGUCAGGCUUAAAAGUUGUAAUUUGUUCAAAGGAAAUAUCUAUACAACAUGCGAAACUCGUGUAAAAAUUACGUUAAAUGAUGAGUUAAAAGACAGCAACCAAGAAGAUUUUCAGUCGUAUGUCCGAUUAAGCACUAAAAUAGAACGGCUUUUGAAUGGCACUGAACAAGCAACUAUUGAUCACCUCACAGAAAUAAUAGAAAAAAUAUACGACCAAGAUAUUAGUAAGAAUGAAGAAAUGAUGAACACAUUGAAUAAUAUCUGCCACUUAAAAGUUAGAAUAGAUGAUGAUUUUGAUAUAGAUGAGAAUAGCACAGAAUUUGUUAGAAUUAAACUUUUACACUUACGAGAUAAGGGUGAGCUAUCACAUGCUGACAACAAAUCUGUGCCAUUUUACGCAAGUCAAAUAACUACAGAACAAUUGAAUUCUUUACAAAGGAGUAAACAAAAAGAUUUUGAUAUUAACAAUUUCAAUGCUGAUAAGUAUACAGAUAUGAAUCCAAUCGAGUUGAAAAGAUAUAUUGGGUCAAAAUAUAUUGAAAAGCUAAAUCAAAAUUUGGUUAAAACCUUGAGUGACACACUAUUAAAAAAGACAUAUAAAGACGUAGUUUGCGAUUUUAGAGAUCUAAGCAUUAGGGGACUGUUUUCAAACCAGUCUAGUUUUAUUAGUAAAUCGAUAGGCGCAACCACAAAAAAUAUACAAGAGUCAAUAUCCAAAGAUCAAGAAAUACACGUAACAAUUUUGAGAGCAUUCAACUUGCCCGACAGAACGCCAUGUAUUAUGACUGAAGAAGAAAUUGCCGAUGAACAAGAAGAAAGUAUCGCAGGCUAUAAAGUCAGGUCAUUGAGACCUUUCGUUAAGAUUAGCUACCGAGGAGUAAAUGCGCAAACUACCACAGCUAUCGGUAGCUAUCCAACCUGGAAUCAAACGCUAAAAUUAGUUGUAAAGCCGGGAUUGCUAUCAUCAAUCUUUAUCAACUUAUAUGACGAACAGAAAGUAAACAUUUCUGAGAGCUAUGUGGAGGAUUCUUCAUUUCAAAGCAAAACUUUACACUAUAGGUGCCACAAUAAAUGGCUGGGAAUGUUAGAAUUGCCAUUGUACAGCGUAUUGGCAUUUGGGAAGAUCAAAGGAACAUUUAAAAUAAAUAUGCCAUCGCUCUUACUCGGCUACGAAAACCACGAUGGCAAAAAGGAGUCUUCAAGAUCUCUAAUACCAGAAGUGACCCAACUAAUGAGAAAGGAAAGCUCGUUCAUAUCACUGCAAAUAUCCACAAAGUCUGGUCAAGGGUUCAAUCAUAGAUACGACUUACCAACAGUAAAUAACAAUGAAGAUGAUUACAUAAUCAAACAUUUGAACAAUUUCGUAACUGAAUAUCUGAUGGAUUUUCCAACACGUAACAUAUCUCUGACGUUCAUUGAUAGUGGCGGGAAAAACAAGUGCAUUACUCAGUAUCUGCAGCCAAUUCCAUUACCAGAUUACGAAUGUUUUCCCAAAAACCCCAAAAGGUCUGAAUCGGCUGUAUCCAAGAGCUCUAAUCUGUCGAAAAGUUCAUCUUCAAAAAGUGCGGAAUACAAAAGAAAUGUGGACUUAGAAAAGGGACAGGAGAUUGAAAAGGAGUCCCUAUAUAGUAGCUUCGACGGAAGGAAUUGGAAAAAGACUGACAAUCCUCUUGAAAAAAUGAUGAAUGCAGCAUUGAGAUAUGUUUCUCUAAUACCAUGUUAUGAGGUGAACGCGAGCCAUGUUGUUACUUUGAUGGGAGUGGAAUUACUCAAAAUACUACAUGGAUCGCCUUUAGACCAUACCAUUUUACUCGCCAGCUAUUUUCUCUACCUGGGUCUGAAAACCUUUGUAGCUAUUGGCCAAGGUCUACCGAGAGGUCGUAGCAGCUACGUCCUAACAAAAUACGAUCUGAGACUGCACAGGAUGGUCACUUCUACAGAUCAAUGGACUAGUAAAGCGGGAUUUUUGAGUAGAAACAGCGGAUUCGUAUGGUAUGUGUACGACGCCGUCAAAGGAGAAAGAUUCGAGUUGAGGGACGUCAGUUGUCCGUUGAAAUCUGUGGAUUAUGUUUUCGAUAAUGAGAACAUAUGGGUGAAUGUACAAUCGGCACAAGAUUGCGAGAGUGUAACAUUUGAAUUUUCGAAAUCAUCUGACUGGAGUCCGGUGUUCGACAAAAAUAUAUUCAUUAUGAAGAAUCCGAUAGUAAAUGACAGCAACCUGUACAAAACUCCCCCUAACUUGGAGGAGUUGCGAAAUGCUUUAGAAAAUAAACUCAAAUUAAAAAUACAGAAAUGGCGAUCUCACACAAAGACUAUUUGGAACAGGUACUGCAGUUCACUAUUCCGUGAGAUGCUCCCUCAGUGGGAGUACUGGGCGCUCAGCCCGAGCGAGCCUCGACCUGCACUGGGGCAGCGGAUGAGGCAACUCAUGGUCACUUACAAGGUGUAUGGUUUCCCGAUGAACCUUCCAUUCGUGAACACGAAGGCGGUGGUGGCGGCCAUCAAGUCGACGAAUGUGCAUGUGUACGACGACCCUAAUGCAGAGUUCGGACUAGCGGUGGAAGUGUACGCCUACCCUAAUGACGUUAUCAGUGUCUGGGUGUUUUUAGCUAGUGUUAGUAGAAUUUAAGAUAAAUAGUUUUAUUUAAAAUUAAUGUUAGCGUGUAUUGUAAUGUAAGUAAGAAAAACUCACAUGGAAGAGAAAUAUAAAAUUUAUUUUUAAAACUCAUUCAGGAAUUCUUUAAAACAGUUCAUUAAAUAAAAAAUAGAGCUUGUAUGUCUUUUCGUUUUAAUUUUAAUGCUAACAAAAUAAAAAUUAACAUUUAUUUCCGUUGAAGUAUAAAAAUAUAGGUAAAAAUAGAAAAGAAGUUACAGUAUUACGUGUCCUAGAGAAUAUUAUACGGCGUUGGAGGUGACCGGCCCGGCUCGACAGUGA